GGCCAGCCAAUUUGCGAGCACUGCAUGUGAUGAUUGCCAGCCGAUCACGCCAGGCAGAGAUUCGCGGCUUGCAUUCAUGCGACCCGAAGAUGACUCUGAGUUGAUCCUCAACCUGUUGUUGGCCUGACCAAAUUCUUGAAUACUGUCUUUGCACAAUUGUCGCUCGCUUGCCUCUAUAUUCACAGCUUGCUUGGAUCGAAGACAUUGGCCACGCAGUCGAAGUCAGAGCUCGUGGUUUCGCAAAACUCAUGACAACAGGACGCAACAGCAAAUAAACAGAAAUACGUUCAAGAUGUCACGACUUGUACUGGGAAGACAUAUGCUGCCCAGAUGUGGAAGCAGGUGGAUGAUGGCCGGCCCCGCCAUGGCUCCUAUGGGAACUCCCACUGCUGGUCCUUUCUACCAGUUCGUACGAGAGGUCUCUACUACACGACCGAAAAAGGCACAGGCCACGAAGGAAGCUACGAAAGAGAAGAGCGUGCCGCUGUCCAAGGCAAAGGUUCCUGCAGCCACGAAGACGAGGAAAGCGUCUGUCAAGGCGACUGAGCAGGACGUGGAGGCGACAAAGACGGUCAAGAAGGUGCGCGCAGCGAAGGCAAAACCAACCACCAGCACUGUCACGGAAGUGAAGACACCAGUAAAGGGGAAGAAGACGGUGGCGGCCAAGGGCACUGCAGGG